CACACUUUCGCUCAGGACGUCCCUAUGUCAGGGGUAAACGCCGUCCCUUUUCCUGCUCCGCCGUCUCGGCCUGUGAACCUAAGUGGCCGCCGUCGCAAUUAAGAGGCCACGCCUGUUGCGCUCUAAUUUCCCUGAAUUGCAGCUCUUUUAAUACCUUCAGCGGAGCAGAAAGAGCGGCCGCGGGAGCUGCACGUCCACAAAACUUAUUUUUUUAUUACAAUCAGAAUCAUCACUAAUAUCGCGAGACAUCUUUACGACCCUCCGGGACCGCCGCCGUCCAGGGGGUGAUAGUUCAGUCGGGCACCGAGCUCCGCGUGCGGGAACGCGCACUGGAACCGCAAUGGAAUAUCUCACGCUUUGUUUUGCGCUUUCGUGCUGGAUGAAGUUGGCCGGUUCCGUCUCCUCUACCGAUGCGCCCCAGACUCCUGCGCCUAUUCCCAAAGGAAAAUUGCUCGUCCUAACUGUUGCAACAGCGGAAACAGAUGGCUUCCAUCGCUUUAUGCAAUCCGCAAAAUAUUUCAACUACACUGUGAAGGUGCUGGGACUGGGAGAAGACUGGAAGGGUGGGGACGUGGGGCGCUCUAUCGGUGGAGGCCAGAAGGUCAGACUACUUAAAGAGGCCCUGGAGGCUGUGGCUGACCAGGAGGAGCUUGUUGUCCUGUCUGUGGACAGCUAUGAUCUCAUCUUUGCUGGGGGACCAGAGGAGAUUCUCAGGAAGUUUCAACAAGCCAACCACAAAGUGAUUUUUGCUGCAGAAGGGCUCGUAUGGCCAGAUAAGCGACUUGCUGACAAGUACCCGUCAGUACGCAGCGGAAAGCGCUACCUCAACUCCGGAGGUAUUAUUGGCUAUGCCCCGUACGUGAACCGAAUCGUUUCUCAGUGGAACCUUCACGACAAUGACGACGACCAGCUGUUCUACACUAAAAUAUACCUGGAUCCUUUGCAAAGACAAACUCUCAACAUGACGUUGGACCACAAGUGCCAAAUUUUCCAGAACCUGAAUGGAGCAGUUGAUGAAGUGAUUCUCAAGUUUGGAACUGACCGAGUGAGAGUCAGGAACACUGCGUACGACUCCCUGCCAGUGGUCGUCCACGGCAACGGAAACACCAAAAUGUACCUGAACCACUUGGCCAACUACGUCCCCAACGCAUGGAACUACGAGCACGGAUGCAGCCACUGCGACGAUGACGUUCUGGACCUAACCCGCUUAAAAGAGUUUCCAAAUGUGACGGUCGGAGUCUUCAUUGAGCAACCGUCUCCGUUUCUCCCUGAAUUCUUCCAGCGGCUGCUGACUCUGGAUUAUCCCAAACACAAACUCAGCCUUUUUGUUCACAACAAUGAGGUUUACCACGAGAAGCACAUCCAGAGAUUCUGGGAGCAGAACAGGAAUGUGUUCAAAGGUUUUAAGGUUGUGGGACCAGAAGAAAACUUAAACCAAGGAGAAGCCAGGAACAUGGGCAUGGAUCUUUGCCGUAAGGACGCCGCGUGCGACUACUACUUCAGCAUAGAUUCCAACGUCAUGCUCACCAACCGACAGACGCUGAAGCUCCUCAUUGAGCAGAACAGAAAAAUAAUUGGUCCCCUUGUCACUCGUCACGGCAAGCUGUGGUCCAACUUCUGGGGGGCCUUGAGCCUGGACGGUUAUUACGCCCGAUCCGAAGAUUAUGUCGACAUCGUUCAGAGAAAACGAGUGGGUGUGUGGAACAUUCCUUACAUGGCCCACAUAUACCUGGUGAACGGCAAAGCCCUGAGGAACGAACUGAAGGAGAGGAACUACUUUGUUCUCGAGAAGCUGGACCCGGACAUGGCUUUGUGCAAAAACGCCAGAGAACUGACCAGUCACAGAGAAAAAGACUCCCCUUCUCCGGAAUCAUUCCAUAUGCUCAAGCCCCCAAAGGGAGUCUUCAUGUACAUAACAAACCGUCACGACUUUGGGAGGCUCAUUUCCACAGCCAAUUAUAACAUUUCUCAUUACAACAAUGACUUGUGGCAGAUAUUUGAAAACCCCGUGGAUUGGAAAGAAAAGUACAUCCACCAGAACUACACCAGAAUCUUCACCGAGAACCACUUGGAACAGCCGUGCCCCGACGUGUUCUGGUUCCCCGUCUUCUCGGAGACUGCCUGUGAUGAAUUAGUUGAAGAGAUGGAGCACUAUGGCUCCUGGUCUGGAGGCAAACAUGAGGACAAGCGGAUUUCUGGAGGCUACGAAACCGUGCCAACAGACGACAUCCACAUGAAGCAAAUUGGUUUUGAUAAAGAGUGGCUGCACUUCAUCCGGGAGUUUAUCUCUCCGGUCACGUUAAAGGUUUUCGCUGGCUACUACACUAAGGGUUACGCUAUAAUGAACUUUGUGGUGAAAUACACGCCGGACAGACAAGCGUACCUGAGGCCCCACCAUGACUCCUCCACCUUUACCAUCAACAUCGCCCUGAACAACAAAGACAGCGACUUUCAGGGCGGCGGUUGCCGGUUCCAUAGGUAUAACUGCUCCAUCGAGUCACCGCGCAAAGGCUGGAGCUUCAUGCACCCCGGACGGUUGACUCACCUCCACGAAGGCCUCCCCACCACCAACGGCACCCGUUACAUCGCAGUGUCCUUCAUUGAUCCCUGAAUACCUGAUAACGCUGCACAUGACCUUUGACCUUGCUUUGCUUAUGUUUUUUUUUCUUGAUUUGACGCCUUUUGCAGCAGAUGUUAAACUGAUGCAGUUCUUCUUUAAAGUUCUUUAAAGAGUAAAUAAUUGCAUUAAACAGAUCUCUGUCAAACAGAGUGUAGAAUGGAAAAGGAAGGGACAAAAAUAAUUCAUACAUGCAAAGGGAGUACUCCAGCACGCUAGCAGGGGUCACGUCCUCCGUUUCCAUUUAAACCACGUAGAUUUAGAUUUAAAACCAAGAUAAGAGGCGAUUAUUGGUGCUGUAGCUUGUCGGGAUUUUCAGCUCAAACACGAUCAUUGUUUGACACACACUCAUGGCUUUGCUGGAGGUAAACUGUACCAUGCAAGGCAGCUGUCUCAAUUUGUGUUUCAGGUAAAAUAUCACUGAAGACUUUUUACUGUAAGAACGUCACUGCUUCAAAAAUUACUGUGGUGCUCAAACAUUCAACCUUUGCAUUGUUGGGGUAUAAGCUGGGGUAUUUUCCACCCUGUAGAAGUGGAUAUACUGGAUACUAGAAUUAAUUAAUUCUGGCUAAGGACAGUAUUCUUUUUUACUUGAAAAGUUUUUCCUUCUCUAUUUGGUCAAAUUAAACUUUCCUAAGAAACAUUUCUGCAAUACUGAUUUUGAAAGGUGUGUGUGAAUGAGUUUUGAGAUUCAACAAAGUUGUUUAACUUAUUGUCAACAUUUGAUAAAUUACUUUAUUAAAAAAUGUUUUCUCUUCCCACUGUGA